AUGACAAGAAGGAAAGAUCUCAGCGGGGCCGAACGACAAGCCAUUGCUUUGUUUCUUCUUCAAAACUCAUCAAAUGGGAAGCUUCACUAUGGAACGGCCAAGGCAGCCAUGGAGAAAUGGGGAUGUUGUCGGAGUUCUAUCGCCCGUUUGUGGAAGGCUGCAAAGGAAGAACAUGCACAAGUGUGUAGGCCGUUGUUUGAUGAAGAUGGAAGUGUAUUAUUCGAUGGGAAGAUAUGGAUUUUCCCGUUCACUGAUAUGGUACCAGCGAAGCGAAAAUCAAAGAACCGAGAGGCUGGAACCUUAGAAGAGAAGCCAAUUCAGUCCAUCACUAAACAAGUGAUGAAGGACAUGUACAUCUACAAGCUUAUACCUGCAAUCAUGGCCAAGUGGCCCCAAUUUGCAAGCAAAACUAUAUACAUACAUCAAGAUAAUGCUAAGCCCCAUAUAAAAGAUGAUGAUCCUGAUUUUAGAGCAGCUGCAAGUGCGAAUGGAUUUGAUAUUCGAAUUAUUCAUCAACCUCCAAAUAGUCCAGACACCAACAUCAAUGAUUUAGGUUGGUUUAGGGCUAUUCAAAGCUUGCAAGUGCAGGCUGUUAGCUCAAAUGAAACUGAACUAGUGCAGGCUGUGCAGAAAUCAUUUGAGGAGCUUAGUGCAGUGACUUUAAACAAUGUGUUUUUGAGCCUACAAGGCUGCUACACUGAGAUAAUGAAGGUUAAAGGGCAGAAUUGUUAUAAAAUCCCACACAUGAAGAAGGGGAUGCUUGCAAGACAGGGAAAUUUGCCAAUGGCAUUAGAGGUCCCUAAAGAGCUAGUACAAUAA